AUGACAGAGGAGAGGGUUAUUGAUCACUGUCAUUUGACAGGAAAAAUCAGAGGUGUGGCUCAUAGCAGUUGUAACUUGAAAUAUACAAAUCCGCACUAUGUACCCAUAUUUUUCCAUAAUUUAAGUGGGUAUGAUAGUAAUUUAUUUAUUAAGGAACUUGCUGCCAGAGAUGGUGAAAAUAUUUCAUGCUUACCUUUGCAUAAGGAAAAGUAUAUUUCAUUCAGUAAAAAAAUAAAAUUUAAAACUUCCUCCAGAAGUAUUACUGUGCGCUUUGUAGACUCGUUUAAAUUUAUGCCAACAAGUUUAAAGAAGUUAGUUAAAAAUCUAUCGCCCAAUCAGUUUCAAAUACUUCCUCAUUACGUUCCGAACCCUGAACUAAUGGAUCUAAUAAUGCAAAAAGGAGUAUUUCCAUAUGAAUACAUUGAUUGUUGGUCUAAGCUUGAAGAAAAUUCCCUACCUGAUAAACAGUUAUUUUACAGUGAAUUAACACAAACACACAUUUCCGAUCAUGAUUACCUACACGCACAAAAGGUAUGGCAAAAAUUUGAAUGUAGCUCGUUGGGUGAAUACUUUGAUUUAUAUCUUAAAACAGAUAUCUUACUACUGGCUGAAGUUUUUGAAAACUUUCGCGGUAUUUGCUUAGGUGUGUACGAACUAGAUCCAUGUAGAUAUCUCACAGCACCAGGUCUCUCGUGGGAUGCCAUGUUAAAAGAGACGGGUGUAAAUCUUGAACUUCUUACUGAUUACGAGAUGCUUCAAUUCAUACAAUCAGGCAUUCGAGGUGGGAUCAGUCAAGUUUCAAAAAGGAAAUGCUAA